UGAGUGAUGUGUGCAAUUUCCGCAAAUCUAUCAAGUCCAAUAUCCUGAUUCCUUUUUCAAGAUCGUGAUGGCCAGACAUGGAAAUUUGCACAUACUGUUCCAAUGUUGAAAACUCGGAGAGACUUUGAUAGCGCAGAUAUAUGGGCUUUAUGUUUUCCUUCCUCAUCAUUUUCUCAUGAUGGCAAAAAUUGCCAAAAUGGGUCUUAAGUUUAAGACCUAAGCCUACAUGUAGAACCGCCUCUUUUUGGACAUGGUCAGCGAUGUCCACACUUAAUAUGUAGUAAAAGAGGCUAUUUAAUUGUAAUGUCUUGGUUCCCCUCCUUCCUCCAUGGUUACCUGGACUAUAGAGCUAUAUAGGAACACAUGCCUAGACUAACUACAAUAAGCCCAGUUUCUUACUCAACCGUGGUAUAAGUAAAGUAGAUAAAGUAGUGCCAACUGUACUUUAACCUUUUACUGUUUACUCUGAGUUUAGUCCCCACAAAUUGGGGAGAUAAGUUAAGUGGGCCAAGGUGUUACGCCUCAGGCCUUUACUGGUUGUCAUUAAUGGGGGCCCCAUUAAUCACUGGACUACCUCCUGUGGAUCUGUCCUUAAAAUUACUUCUUGGCCUCAGCAUCCAGGAAUUCGGCAUCAGCAGUUUCAGAAUAUUUUGAGUGAACUUUGGUGUUUGAUGUAAGUCUUCAGACACCAUGAAUAGUGGCGACACUCCCCCAGUUGUGCUUGACUGUGGCACACUGAACUGCAAAGCUGGCCUGGCUGAGAUUUCUAAGCGGGUUCCGGAUUUUGUGUUCCGGACCUCUGAGCCUUUUAUGAACUGUGAUCUUGGCGAAGUACCUGUCCCAAUUCGCAAUGGAUACAUUGAGAACUGGGACAGCAUGGAGGUGCUUUUGGAGCACAUUUUCAAAGGCAAGAUGAAGAUUGAUCCUACCAAUCACUCCGUUCUCCUCAGCGAGCCUGACGGGAACCCCCACAAGUGCCGUAAGACCAGCCUCGAGAUUUUGUUUGAGGGGUUCAAGGCACCCGCCGUGAAUCUUUCCAACCAAGGGAUGCUGUCACUGUACUCCAUUGGCCAGGCGACUGGUCUGGUCAUUCAAUCUGGCCAUGGUCUUACAAAUGUGAUGACAGCUCGUGAUGGGCACCGGCCAACUUUUGGAAGGGUACCACUGACAUAUACCGGUUUCAAAUUGACUGAAUAUACCCAAGCACUCAUUGCUGCAUCACUGAGGGAGCAACAUGAUAUUGACAUCAAGACAGUGGACUUUAAGCUCGCUGAAAAGUUCAAAGAAGAACACGGGUAUCUCCAAAUGUCUCAAGGCGACAAACCACCCCAGAAAAUGGUCAUGCUGGAUGUUGGCGGCAAGCAGUAUUCCAUUGAUGCAGGGGAAAUUGGAGCCAAGAUUGGAGAGGCUCUUUUUGACCCAUCCAUUCUGGGUCUGUCCUGUUUUGGUCUGACCAAGGCUAUCAUGGAAAGCAUUGAGCUGUCUGAUGAUGAGGACUGGAUGGAUGAGUUCUAUCUCAAGAAAAUCCUUUUAGCUGGAGGAAACACCAUGAUCAGGGGCUUGCAAGAGAGACUGACAGCAGAGGUUGACAGAGUCAAGUUUUUGUCAUUCAUGACGGUUAAUGUGAAUGCGCCACCUUAUCGUCACUUCUCCAACUGGGUGGGUGGAUCCAUCAUCUCCUUGCUUCCAACUUUUGAUCCGUGCUGGAUCACCAGACAAGAGUAUGAAGAAAACGGCUCUAACAUAUUCCGGCAGAAAUGUCUGCCGUACUGAUAUUAAUUCCCCGAGGUGCUGUUGCCUUGUGGCAAAAGCCCCCUCUGGAGUGCAGGGUGCCAGUCAGUAAACAGGCUGGAGAAUAGGAACCUCCAAUUAAUUAAUAUUAAUUGAUUAAGGGUAUGUUGGUCAGAGCUUAAAUUUGAACUAUGAUUUCCGAAUAAGUAGUGCUUAAAAGGUUGCAUUUUUUUUUAAAGUCUUUUUUUUCCUCAUUUAAUUGAAAAAAAUUGUACAUGUAUAUUAGUUUAUGAUAUAAAACAUAUAUGAUUCUUUUUUUCACUUUCCGAUUUUUGUGAUUGUAAAUUUUUUUCAAAAUCAAGUCAGUUAUACUUUUACCCAAGUAACCCCAAAGGUCAGAAAGUUACUACCUUAAAGUUGUUUGCAUAAAUCAUCUUGCAAUCGGAAUCAGGAAAAAAAAUAAGGAUAUUCGUACCGUGGAAAUUCUCCAAACUUCCACUACUAAUCAUGACUGUUACCUCGUAGUUAAAGAUGAAUGUCUCAAGAAUUAAGCUCAUUUCUAUGUUCAUCAAGUAUCCUUCCUGAUCGUAAGUAAGGCAAAAGCACAAAGCCAGCAAAGCUUUUAUUAUAGCAUGUAUAAUUGUAUUCAAAUUGUUUUUGACAAGGAAAGUUUCAUUUAAACACAUAAUUAAGUUCAUAAUUAACUACAGAUUUUGAUUACAAUUUUUUAUACAAUGUUUAUUCCUAAUUUUAUCAUAAUCAUUUUUUCAAAGCUCGGGUUGGAUUAUAUAGAAGUACACAUUUGUAUUGAUUGUCCUCUGAAGACAGUGUGUUAUUAGAUUUAAUGGUUCCAAGAUGUGAUUUUUUUCCCUAAUCAAUGCAUAAAACAUUGAUCACUUCAGGUCAGAUAUUGCAUGUUUUGAAGAGGCUUUAACUGAUCAAACAAUGUCGUUAUUGCUGUUCUGAAUAAGUUCUGAAUAAAUUUGCGUCAAUCGGCCCACAUUUUGGGGAUAAAA